AUGGCGGCCAUGCCUGACAUGUCGGUACGUCGCUUCACAUACCCUCCUGCCACAGCACCCUGCCUCCUGCCACAGCACCCAGCCUCCUGCCACAGCACCCCACCCUGCCUCCUGCCACAACACCCUGCCUCCUGCCACAACACCCUGCCUCCGGCCACAAAACCCUGCCUCCUGCCACAGCACCCUGCCUCCUUCCACAGCACCCAGCCUCCUGCCACAGCACCCUGCCUCCUGCCACAGCACCCAGCUCCCUGCCACAGCACCCAGCUCCCUGCCACAGCACCCAGCUCCCUGCCACAGCACCCAGCCUCCUGCCACAGCACCCAGCCUCCUGCCACAGCACCCAGCCUCAGAGCCUAG